AUGGAGGACCUCUUCCGGGAUACAGUUGUCGGACAGAUACUACGGCUUGUUACAGGUAGAAGGAUUCUUCAAUAUCCCGAGGAGCGCGAUCCUUCAAUAUGGCAGAGAUAUCUGAAUGUCGAGAAGUCGGCCAACAUGGCCAUCCAUGGCAGCACGGCUCCUCCUCAACAAGAAGAAAAGGAACUUCCUAGCACAUCUUCGUCUGGUCCACCCACACCUCCGGCGGAAGAGAAAGAGCAACAACAAGGGAUAUCACCAUAUUAUGACCAGGCCACGACCCCAGCCGAGGCCAAGGAACAACCGGGUCUGCAAUCCGCCUCUCAACACACGAAUCCCAAUCUCCAAACGUUCUCUCGUCGUUCGUCGGGCUCGGCGUCAACAGCCAACGAGGUCGAACACGUCCUGGUCAAUACUCUGAGUGGCACAAGAAUCGAUCCCGAGAAGGGACGGAACGCAGACAUUGUGGACUGGUAUGGUCCGGACGACCCAGAAAAUCCCCGAAACUGGAGCCGAAUCAAGAAGAUCUGGGUCACUUUUGAGAUCUGCCUGUUGACCUUUUCCGUCUACAUUGGCUCCUCAAUCUAUACGGCCGGUAUCUUGGACGUGAGCGAAGUCUUUGGAGUCAGUCGUGUCGCUGCCACUCUGGGUCUUACCUUGUUUGUACUGGGCUAUGGAGUUGGCCCAAUGUUUCUAAGUCCCUUGUCCGAAUUGCCGCAGACCGGCAGAGGACCGAUUUAUAUUGGAACUCUUGCACUCUUCGUCAUCCUGCAGAUUCCUACUGCUUUGGCGACCAAUUUCGGCAUGCUGCUGGCGUUCCGCUUCAUCACAGGUUUCGUGGGAUCACCUCCCCUCGCCACCGGAGGCGCUACAAUUGGAGACAUGUAUUCUCCGGCCAAAAGAACAUAUGGUAUGGCUGUAUGGGGCAUUGGAGCCGUGUGUGGGCCCGUCAUGGGUCCUCUAGUUGGAGGCUUCGCAGCAGAAUCAAAAGGGUGGACGUGGACAAUUUGGGAGUUGAUGUGGCUCUCCGGAUUCACCUUGGUCCUCCUGCUGUUCCUGCUGCCGGAGACAUCUUCGGCCAACAUUCUCUACCGGCGCACGAUGCGCCUUCGCAAAUUGACGGGCAACCAAAAGCUCAUGUGUGAACCCCAACUGAUCGGAGAACAAAUGACACCGAGGGAAAUCAUAAUGAUGACUCUGGUCCGCCCUUUUCUCUUCUGCUUUACGGAACCGAUGGUCUUCUUGCUGAACAUGUACAUCGCUCUCAUUUACGGGCUGCUGUACAUCUGGUUCGAGAGUUUUCCCAUCGUCUUCAGCGGGAUCUAUGGCUUCAGUCUGGGUCUCGAAGGAACUGCGUUUCUGGGCAUCCUCAUUGGUGUCUUGAUCACGCUCCCACCUUUUAUCUGGUACCAGCGGAAAUACAUUGAGCCCAAAUUCAACGAGGAAGGCGAGCUGCGACCGGAAUGGCGGCUUCCACCUGCCUUCGUCGGCGCCUUUGCCAUUCCAAUCUGCCUGUUCUGGUUCGGCUGGUCUGCCCGGCCCGACAUUCAUUGGAUCAUGCCCAUCAUCGGGACGGCCUGGUUCUCCGUCGGUGCAUUCCUGCUCUUCAACUCGGUGCUCAAUUACCUGGCGGACGCGUAUCCCGCGUACGCGGCGAGUGUGCUGGCCGGCAACGACUUCUUCCGGUCCUCCUUCGGCGCGGCGUUUCCGCUGUUUGCGACGGCCAUGUACGAGAACCUUGGCGUCGGCUGGGCGAGCUCGACGUUGGGGUUUCUUGCCAUUACCUUUAUUCCUAUCCCUUUCUUCUUGUUCAAGUACGGUGAGCGACUGAGGAUGAAGAGCACGUAUGCUCAGAAGGACUAUUAG